UCUGUGGAAAGAUAGCAAGGCUUAUCGGGGCGCCUCUGCUAGCAUUCGAAAAUUUGCACAGUCGCGUCAAGCUAGUGGCGGACUCAAACGUCUCGUUUUUUCCAGCUGUUCGAUGUCAUUUGAACCGAAAUCCUGAAGUGACAAAAGUUUUAUUAGUGUUCUUUCUUGGCAUUGAGUGCGCAUGCGCGGUGAUUCGACGCUGCGCAUACCUGAAUACACGCCAGUUACACGGCAUCGAAGCAUCGGGCAUGGCUGAUGAAAGAAGCUACGAAUACACGCCUCCUGAGUUUAGUAUGACGGACGAGACAACUUCAAGCACAAGCUGUGACGGUACCCCGGGCGCUUCAUCUGCUUUGGACGCCUACAACACCAUUCCUGAUGACGCCUGGAAGUACCCUUGGAACACACAGCCCAUGCCGAUAACCGACGGGACUUACAGCGUCGAAGGUGACGCUGAAAAUGGCAUGACGAGUUACCAGGAACUGGGGUGCGUCAGCAGCAUCGAAAACGCAAGGCCAAGCACAAUUCGAGCUGGCAUGGAUGCAGCAUCAGCCAAUUUUGAAGACGGCGCCACAAUUCCUGAGACCACCUUGGUUGACUCACCGAGGAGGCAGUACCACCCGGCUCAUAGCACAUCCACCGUCUGCGGACAACCAGACAAGCCAGAAAGUGGAAGCUCCGGUUACACGAUUCCGGUCAACAGCAGGGGCGGCGACGAAGCAGUUGCUAGUGAAAGCUACGUUGGCAUGGAAGAAGCAUCGGGAAUUUCGCGAAGCGACCCUAGGAACUCUACUGCAACAGGAGGAAGGAAACAGCAAGAGUUGUGCGCUAUCUGCGGCAAUGCUUCGAGCAGACGGGGCGCCUCACAGGGGCACGCUAACGAACACACGGUCGACACAGCCCACUUCUGCAAAGCAUGUGAUCAGUCGUCUGUGAAGGUGUCUAAGUCUGUAGAUCAUGGCCACAACCCUACUAGCAGAAAACACAAAUGCCUAACCUGUGAUAAACUGUUCCACCGGGCUGGUCAUCUAGCUGAACAUUACCGCACACACACAGACGAAAGACCCUACAAAUGCGAAACAUGUGAUAAAGCGUUCCGACGGGCUACUCAUCUAGAUAGCCACAAGCUCACGCACACAGGUGAGAAAGCGUACAUUUGUAAAACAUGCGGUAAAUCAUUCACGCGGGUGGCGAAUCUCCUUAAACAUGAGCAGACUCACGAAGAGGAGAAACGUUGCGUAUGCCAAAAAUGUGCUAAGUCAUUCAAAAACGAAUAUGAUCUCGAGAGACAUGUAGACUCGGAAUGUGGAAACGACGCUUUCGUAGGAGAAAUCUUUGAUCGAUCCUUUCAGAAUAAUUAAUAUAUCUGUCGUCACCACCGAACAAAGCACGUGGAUCAAACACCGUAUAAGUGUAAGCAGUGCGGAUGUCGUUUUGCAGACAAAGAAACACGCGAUAGGCACGUGUGCCAGAAAGAAUGCAAGAUGUGAACAAUGCUGUCUGGCUUUUUGAAAUUACGUUGCAAGAGGUCGUCGCCAGGGUGUUUCAAUGUCGAAAAAUAAUGCCGGUGCUGGCCAGCGCUCACUGUUCCAUCAACUGCGUUGUUGGUGAACGUUUUUAUCAGUGAUUUGAAGACAAACCCUAAUGGGCUGCAUGUUUUUGUUUUCUGUAACUAGAUGGGUUAAAUGUCCACAAAAGAUCUUAGACUCCACAUUCAGUUAGGGAAACUAUUGUGCAGGUGCUUUGACAGUGUACCAGCAAACAAGCUUUUUUGAACCAUAUUCCUAGUUAUUUUAGUAAACAGAAUGGAAUAUCUCUGAUUAGGAAGCAUUUGAGAAAGGAGUUACUGUGCUCUUGUCAAUCAAAAGUAAUUUCUGCCAUUAUUCGAGGUCGAAAGGCCAAGUUACCUUCGAGAGGCAGCACUUGUAGAUGCUUUUACGAGAAGGUACAGCAAAAUUGUGCGCGUAUGAAAAUUAUUCCCUCGAAAUUUUGUUCUUUCUUUGGGGCGUGUAUUCAUACCGCAAAUGUUUAUUCUAUACCAUAAACUAAGCUGA